GGUGGUUAAUGAAUGUUUUAAAGGAGAUAGGUGGGUUCAUUUGAAAAAUCAAAGAGAUCUGUUUUUUUUUGGGUUUUAAAGAGGGUUGAUAAAGAGACACAGGUGGAGAGAAGGUAGAAAAAGCAAAAGACGUGGUCAUUUUUGGAAACACAGAUCCCCAUGGGAAUGCAGGGGUGCAACCCAGCAUUGCUCGCCUGGAAUUCAUUCUCUUUUUUUAGUUUAAAGAGACUCGUUUUGUUCUCUCCUGAUUCUCAGUCAGAGACUUUGGUUUGGUGGGGAUUUUCAUAGAUUGUAGAGUUUUUACGUUUGUCAAUAGAAAAUUUUCUUGGCAAUGACUUCUCCUGUUAAAGGGCAACAAAAAUAGCAAAAUUUUAUGAAGGGAGGCAAGAUAUUUUGGUAUAUGAUUAGUUUAUUUGGUUGCCAAUGAUUGAGUCGCGUUGCACUAAGAGAUACUUCUGAGAAAACUCUGUUGGUAAGAAAAGUAGACGGACGAUGAAGUCUUUGAAUGAUGAUAACAACGGCAACAGCAAUAAUAACUGGUUGGGCUUCUCUCUUUCACCCCACAUGAAAAUGGAGGUUAAUAUUGAACCUCAUCGUCAGUACCACCAUCAAACUCUCCCUCCUACACCUGUUUCUAAUGUUGUUCCUACAAGCUUUUAUUUGUCUUCUUCAAGCCUUAAUCCCACUGGUAUCUGUUAUGGUGUCGGAGAAAAUGGUGUUUUCCAUUCUCCAUUGACCAUGAUGCCACUCAAGUCGGAUGGCUCUCUUUGUAUCAUGGAGGCUCUUGGUAGAUCACAAGCAGAAGGUAUCGUGCCAAGCUCAUCACCGAAACUUGAAGACUUCUUAGGUGGUGCGACAAUGGAAAGUCAUCAGUAUGGAAGCCAAGAAAGAGAGACAAUGGCUCUCAGCUUAGAUAGCAUCUACUACCACCAGAAUGCAGCCUCAGAAACCAACCGGCAGCAUUCUUUUGACCUUCUUCAAGAACAGUUACGGCAGCAAGCCCAACACUUUCCUGUUCAAAACCACCCGUAUUACUUGGGACUGCCGUGUCAUGGUAUGUAUCAGGCACCAUUGGAUGAAGAGACCAAGAAUUCCCACCUUGCUGGCUGUGAAUCCCAGAUCCCUGAAAUGGGCGAUGAUGCAUUAAAAAACUGGGUAUCCAGGCACUACACUAACAGUUCACUGGAGCAGCAGAUAAGUAGUGCCAUGGUUGAUGAUGAUGGAGCUUCUGUUUCUGUUGGUGCAAUUGGUUGUGGUGACUUACAGGCUCUCAGCUUAUCCAUGAGUCCUGGUUCUCAGUCUAGUUGUGUCACAGCUGCAAGGCAGAUCUCACCUGCCGCUGCCGACUGUGUGGCCAUGGAAACAAAGAAGCGAGGACCUGGAAAAGUGGGUCUAAAGCAGCCCAUACAUAGGAAGUCCAUUGACACAUUUGGACAGAGAACAUCUCAGUAUAGAGGCGUGACAAGACACAGGUGGACAGGUAGAUACGAAGCUCAUUUGUGGGAUAACAGUUGCAAGAAAGAAGGGCAGACCAGGAAAGGGAGGCAAGUUUAUCUGGGGGGUUAUGAUAUGGAAGAGAAAGCUGCGAGGGCUUAUGAUCUUGCAGCUCUCAAGUACUGGGGGCCUUCAACUCAUAUCAAUUUUUCGUUAGAGAACUACGGGGAAGAACUGGAAGGGAUGAAGAACAUGAGCCGUCAGGAAUAUGUUGCGCAUCUAAGAAGGAAAAGCAGCGGUUUUUCAAGAGGGGCUUCAAUGUAUAGAGGAGUGACAAGGCAUCACCAGCAUGGAAGAUGGCAAGCUCGCAUUGGUAGAGUUGCGGGAAACAAGGACCUUUAUCUUGGGACAUUUAGCACUCAAGAGGAAGCAGCUGAGGCUUAUGACAUUGCAGCAAUCAAGUUCCGUGGGGUAAAUGCUGUGACCAACUUCGACAUAACAAGAUAUGAUGUGGAAAGAAUCAUGUCCAGCAAUACUCUACUUGCCGGCGAGUUUGCUAGGCGAAACAAGGAGACCAAAUCAAGCCAAGAAGCCACGGAAUACAAUACAUCAACACAGAACAAUGGGGGAACUACUCAACUACAAAAUGACAAUGGAAAUGGAUCAGAUUGGAAAAAGGCCUUGUAUCAGACCCCACUGCAACAACCAAAUACUUCCUCCAUCUCAGUAGCUCUUCAAGAUUUGAUAGGCAUUGAUUCAGUGAACUCUAGCCAGGCAAUGGUGGAUGAAUCAGUUAAGGUAGGAGGAAGUCACUUUUCAAAUCCAUCCUCAUUGGUGACUAGUUUAAGCAGUUCAAGAGAGGGUAGCCCUGAUAAAGCUGGUCCAUCUAUGCUUUUCGCCCGACCACCAGUAGCAUCAAAGUUCAUCAGUCCAACAAACGGUAUUAAUACAUGGUUUCCAUCAGCAGCCCAGUUAAGGCCUGCUGCAAUCUCCGUUGCUCACUUGCCAGUUUUCGCUGCCUGGAACGAUACCUGAACUGAACCCUUUGUUUAUUAUAUCCAGGGAAGAUCCAAAGUUUUGCAUGAACAAUGGAAGGAGUUGGUGAUGUUAGGAGAAAAGUAUAAAUCACCACUGCCUAAGAUUUCAAUUAUGGCCUAUUCAUUACUUUUUUAGGUAUCAGUGGAGGUAAUUGGGGCUUAAUGAAAGACAAAGAUGGGGACCCUUUUGUCUGUAAGCAAGUGUAAGAAACUUUUGUCAGACUUAACAUUUUGGCUCAUGCAUGAAAUUGAAAGAUUUGGCAAAAUGGAGGGAAGCCAUUAGUGAAGUCAUAAUGAUUAAAUUCUGUGUAAUGAUGUUGACAAAAUAGAAGUGGCCUUUGUAUUAUUGAUUCUGCUUUUCUGCUUUUGUAGCAACCAAGUAUAAAAUCAGCUCAAUGUCUACCAAUAAUGCAAAAGCCAAUUACUUUGAUCAUA